AUGGAUUCUCAUGAUCAGGAGCACAACAGGGACCCCCAAAAUCUUGGCGAAGAUGAGGAUCACCAUGAGAAGAAGUCGGUUUUUAAGAAGGUGAAGGAUAAGGCAAAGAAGAUAAAGAACACGCUCACAAAGCAGGGCCAUGACGAUGAUCAUCAGGAAGGUCAUAUUCCUGAUGAUCAUGAUCUGGAUGAGGGAGAUGAUGAAAAAGACGAAGACGCAGAAAAGCAUGGUGCAACAUCAAUUAGGAGCGGUGUUCCUGAGCAAGGAGACAUUUUGAAGGUGCCUCUGGUCAAAUUUGGAGACACCAAAGCCAUGCAUGAUGAUCCCGUAGGGUCAAAUUUGGAGAAGACCGACGUCAAAAUUAGUGAUCCCAAGAGGGAUUAUGUGCAUCCAGAACCAGGGGUGAUGCUAAUGCAUGAGGAUGUUCUUGACCCAAUGGAUUACCGUGGCUCAACAAUGGGAUCUGUUCUUGGUGGGCAUGAAGAAGUUUCAGGGCAACCCAAUGCUAAUUUUGGAAGAACAUCAGAAAUGGGGGGAGGACUUCAUGCCCCACAGAAUACCCCUGUUUCUUCUUUGGGAGAGUACAAGUCCAAGGUCACUGAUGGGAAGGAAGGGCAUUUAGGUCAAUCCGGGGUGGACACCACCCCUGUUUCUUCUUUGGGAGAGCAUAAGUCCAAGGUCACUGACCCAAGUCAAACUUUUGCUCAUGGGAAGGAAGGGCAUUUAGGUCAAUCCAGGGUGGACACCGCCCCUGUUUCUUCUUUGGGAGGGGACAAGUCCAAGGUCACGGACCCAAGUCAAACUUUUGCUUCUGGGAACGAAGGGCAUUUAGGGCAAUCCAGGGUCAAUUUGGACCGACCAAGAGGAUUGGAAGAGGAUCCUAAUCCACAGGCUCAUACUCCCUCAAAUUAUCAAAACAAAGUCACUGAUCCAACUAAUGCAGGUGGUGAAGAAGUAGGAAUUACACCAAUUAUUCACUCCCUUGAUAAGAUGAAUAUCGAUGCUGGAACUGAGCAGAGCAGCUACACUCGUGCCACAUCUGCUAUUGCUGACAAAGCAAUCUCUGCAAAAAAUGUUGCUGCUUCAAAGCUGGGAUAUGGGGGGAACAAUGAUCAACAUGGAGAUAUUAAGCCUCAGGCUUGUACUGCUUCAAGUAAUGCAGAUGGUGGUGAUGAACAAAAACCACACCAAAAUCUGAGCACUGGAAGCCAUGACCAGUUUUGUGCUGAGAGACCAUCAAACCAGAGCAGCACCUAUACUGAGAAAAUUUCAUCUGCCUCAUCUGCUAUAGCCGACACGGCAAUAUCUGCUAAGAACGUCGUCGCUUCCAAACUCGGGUAUGCAGGGAACAAUGAUGAUGAUGAUCAUCAGGAGGUUACAGCAAAGCCUGGUGGAUCAACGUCGCCUGAGCAGCAUGGCAAAGGAGUUUCACAAAGCAAAGCCGGCCAAGGCAAAGGAGUUGCUGUGAAGGACUAUUUUGCUGAGAAGUUGAAGCCUGGCGAGGAGGACAGGGCUCUUUCUGCGGUGAUAUCAGAAGCUCUGCAUAAGCCCAAGGCAGAGGACUCUGCUCGGCCUGUGGGGAAGGUGACCGAGUCGGAGGAGGUGACGAAGCGCUUGGGUCCAGAUUGUGGAAUUGAGAGGGUUGAGCAAUCUAGCUAUGGGAAGAUUGUUUCUGAUACGGUUAAAGGCGCUGUUAGUUCAUUGUUUGGGAAAGCUGAUGAAAACCCUCCUCCUCAGCAGUCCACUGGUUCUUCAACCGGUGGUACAGAUGGUUUCUCUAGUUCUGGAAGUGGGGCAGCAGAGCACCCAAGUCAUCAGGGGUCGGGAAACUGA